AUAGCUCCAAUUUUUAGAAAUCCCCGCUCCCUUGGUUACCUCCCUCCCGCUUCCCUCCCGUUCACACCAGAAACUAAAAAAAUAAUAAUAAAAAUGCCCCCAAACCCCUAUAAUACCUUUCUCCCUCGAUUAUUGACCUAGUUGCUUCACUUGCUCCGAUGGCAACGGCGAUAGAUCUACCCUGCGACGGCAAUGGCGUGUGCAUGGUUUGCAAGAAAAAGGCGCCGGAGAUAGAGGCGGUGACUUGCCGGACCUGCGCCACGCCGUGGCACGUGCCGUGCCUUUCCAACCCGCCGAAGAAUCUCGCAUCCAUCGCAGAAUGGCAGUGCCCGGACUGUUUUUUGCCUACCGACGGCGCUACGGCGUCCCUUCCAGCUGUGGCGGUCGGAGUAGGCGGGUCUUCGGGCAGUCUGAUCGUUUCCAUCCGGGCGAUUGAGGCGGACGAGUCGCUGACGGAGCAGGAGAAGGCGAGGCGGCGGCAGGAGCUGAUGAGUGGCGCAGCUGGGAAGGAAGGAAAGCAGAGGGAGGAUGAGGAAGGUGUGAAAAAGAGUGGUGAUGAUAGCGAUGUGCUUGGCUUGCUGGAUGAUAAGUUUAACUGCUCCUUCUGCAUGCAACUGCCGGAACGGCCCGUCACCACACCAUGUGGCCAUAAUUUCUGUUUGAAGUGUUUCCAGAGAUGGUUAGGACAAGGUAGGCACACUUGUGUGAAGUGCCGAGCUCCCAUCCCACAAAAAAUGGUCUCUCAGCCAAGAAUUAAUUCUGCACUUGUAGUUGCUAUACGCAUGGCAAAGACAGCAAAGCCCAUGCCUGGCAACAAAACAAAUGUUUAUCAUCACGUAUGCAAUGAAAACAGGCCCGAGAAAGCAUUCACCACUGAAAGAGCGAAGAAAUCUGGAAAAGCUAAUGCUUGCAGUGGGCAAAUCUUUGUAACAGUUCCUCCUGAUCAUUUUGGUCCUAUUCUGGCAGAAAAUGACCCCAAAAGGGGCAAAGGAGUGCUGGUAGGCGAGUUGUGGGAGGAUAGGAUGGAAUGUAGGCAAUGGGGUGCACAUCUUCCUCAUGUUGCUGGAAUUGCCGGGCAGUCUGGAUAUGGUGCCCAGUCAGUUGCUCUUUCAGGAGGGUACGAAGAUGACGAAGAUCAUGGAGAAUGGUUCCUAUAUACUGGAAGUGGUGGAAGAGACCUAAGUGGAAAUAAACGGACUAGUAAGGAUCAGUCCUUCGACCAAAAGUUCGACAAGCUUAAUGAAGCGCUGCGGGUUAGUUGCAAGAAGGGUUAUCCUACUAGAGUUGUGAGAUCCCAUAAAGAGAAACGCUCUGCAUAUGCUCCUGAAACUGGUGUGCGUUAUGAUGGAAUUUAUAGGAUUGAAAAAUGCUGGCGGAAAGUUGGAAUUCAGGGAUUUAAAGUGUGCCGGUACCUUUUUGUUCGAUGUGACAAUGAGCCAGCUCCAUGGACGAGUGAUGAGAAUGGUGACCGCCCAAGGCCGCUACCUGAUAUUAAGGAGCUGAAGCAGGCCACUGAUAUCACAGAAAGGAAAGAAGUGCCCGCAUGGGAUUACGAUGAAAAGAAUGGCUGGGGUUGGACUAAGUCUCCGCCAACAAGUAGAAAGAUAAUGGCCUCAGGAAAUAUUGAUGAGAAAAAUAGUGGGCGAAAAAGAAGGGUUAAAAACACCAGCGUGAGGGAUAGGCUACUUAAAGAAUUUAAAUGUGAGAUUUGCUCGAAGGUUAUGACCUUUCCCCUCACAACACCAUGUGCUCACAAUUUCUGCAAGAAAUGUUUACUGGAUGCAUAUGAUAACCAAUCUUUCAUAAGGGAGAGGACAAGUGGAGGCAGGACCCUUAGGGCCCAAAAGAUAGUCAAAAAGUGCCCUUCGUGUACAGUUGACAUUAGUGACUAUUUGCAAAAUCCGCAGGUGAACAGAGAACUCAUGGAUUUGAUUGAUUCACUCCAUCAGAAGAUCAAGGAAGAGAACGCAGACAGCGGUGAGGAUGAAAAUAUCAAGAAAGACAAUACUGAUGAGGAUGAGAAUGCGAAACAGAAUACUGAAAUUAGUGAUGAAAAAUUUGGUGGUAAGCCUGAAACCCUUACAGAAGAAAUGAAAUCAAUUGAGUUCCAGCAGCUCGAAAAGAAGAGGAAACAACUGUAGAGCUGAUAAACGAGAAAACAACUUUUAAAAAAGGGCUACGUCAUUUAUCUGCAUUUCACAGCAAAAAAAAAAAAAGGCUCAAAAUGAUCUGAUGCAAUUUAUGUAAAAUCUUGUAAGGUUUAUGUUGUUUUCUUAUAUUUUAUAUAUUUUCAGCUUAAGGGUAGGUUUAUGCUCAUAUCAUUGCUAUUUUCAAUGUGGGACUAAUAUAUCUCUUUCUUUCUAUGGAGUGCACUAUAAGGGAUGGUUGUAAGGAAUUCCUAUUUUGGAAGUUUUUGUUGGUGUACAUAUUUAAGUUUUUA